CGACUCGAAUCGCGCGUGGGGAAAACGUAUAAAGCCGAAACACCGAGCGACGCGCCGCCGUCGACCGAGCGCUCGAGCCUUCCUCUCUCUCUUUCUUCCGGUCGGAGCCUCUUCGCAGCCAUGGAGAACGGCGACGUCCCCGAGAACGCGAACGAACAAUGCCCAGGCACCCUGGCGGAAUCGGCUGGAAAGGCCGAUGCUUGCCAAGGUUGCCCCAACCAAGAAGCUUGCGCCACUGCCCCUAAGGGUCCCGACCCAGACUUGGUUGCAAUAGCUGAAAGAAUGGCUACUGUCAAGCAUAAGAUCCUGGUCUUAUCAGGCAAGGGUGGAGUUGGUAAAAGUACAUUUUCAGCACAGCUUUCAUUUGCAUUAGCUGCCUUAGAUUUCCAGGUUGGUCUGCUCGAUAUAGAUAUCUGCGGUCCAAGCAUCCCAAAGAUGCUUGGUCUUGAAGGUCAAGAGAUCCACCAGAGCAAUCUCGGGUGGUCUCCUGUGUAUGUCGAGUCCAACCUUGGUGUCAUGUCCAUCGGCUUCAUGCUCCCAAAUCCUGAUGAAGCUGUCAUUUGGAGGGGGCCACGUAAGAAUGGGCUGAUCAAGCAAUUCCUGAAGGAUGUGUACUGGGGAGAACUUGAUGUGUUAGUGGUUGAUGCACCACCCGGCACCUCUGAUGAGCACAUCUCAAUUGUUCAAUGUCUUCAGGCAACUGGCUUGGACGGUGCAAUUAUAGUCACAACCCCGCAACAGGUUUCAUUGAUUGAUGUGAGGAAGGAGGUCAGUUUCUGCAAGAAAGUGGGAGUUCCAGUUCUUGGGGUUGUGGAAAACAUGAGUGGCUUGGCUCAGCCCUUGAGUGAUUUCCGCUUCUCAAAGAUCACAGAAACGGGUGAACAGAAUGACGUCACUGAGUGGGCAUUGCAAUAUAUGAGAGACAAGGCACCUGAGUUGCUGAAUUUAAUUGCUUUGAGUGAAGUGUUUGACAGUAGUGGCGGCGGUGCGGCGAAAAUGUGCAGGGAGAUGGAGGUACCUUUUCUUGGUAAGGUACCGCUGGACCCUCAGCUUUGCAGGGCGGCUGAAGAAGGUAGAUCAUGUUUUGUGGAUCAGCGAUGCACUGCUAGUGCACCAGCCUUGAAGAGUAUCAUAGAGAAACUGUUGCAGAAUCAGGCUCUUUCCCAAAUGGCCGUGGCCGUGGAGAAUGGCGCAUAGAGGAGGGGCUUCAGUCUCCUGAUGGAAGAUCUUGUUGUCUACCUUUAUUUUUUUUCUUCUUUAAACAAGACUGCAUAAUGUGUAACUUUUACCAUUUCAAAUUUUCAAGCAACUGAAAGAUAAAAAGAAGCUUAUUCUCA